UUGGAAAAAAAAAGGGGAAGCAAUAAAUGACGAUCAAAAUAAAUUCAAAUAUUCUCUACAAAAGAUGAGAGAGAUCCUGUCACCAUUACUACUUUCAUGGCGAAGGCAAGAAGCUAGAGGUUGAGGAGGCCAACAAAAAGAUUGAUUGAAGAAGACGACCGCCGCCGCCGACGACGAUGGCUCAUCUCAGCGUGAAGAGAAAACUUCUGUUGAGGACCUCAAUUCUGCAGAAAUACCUCACUCGCCUCUGGCGACAAAUCCUUGCUCGCCGGGUUCACAAGUCCGCCAAGUACCGCCAGUUGCCCCGCACCACAUCCGCCGCCUCCGCCGUGAUACCCCCUGCGGUCUCCCUGCCGCGCGACGCCGCCGUCGAAUGCAGCUUCUCCGCCUCCGCCUCCGACCCGCCCCGCUUCGAUCUCGACAAGGACGCCUCCGAUUUGGUCGCCUUGAAGAUUAGCCUCUUGGGCGAUAACCAAAUUGGCAAGACCAGUUUUCUGACCAAGUACGUAGGGAAAGAGAAAGGGAAGGCAGGGAUUUCAAGAAAUGGAUUGAAUCAGAUGGAUAAGACAAUUAAUGUCAAAGGGGCUCAGAUAUCUUACAACAUCUGGGAAGUAGAAGGCACAGAUUUUUCAUCUCAGUACCAUAUUCGUGCUGCUUGUAAAGACUCUGUUGCCAUGUUGUUCAUGUUUGAUCUCACUAGUAGGUGCACCCUCAAUAGUAUUUUAGGGUGGUUCCAACAAGCCAGAAGAUGGAAUCAGGCAGCAAUUCCUGUGAUGAUUGGGACAAAGUUUGAUGAUUUCGUCGAACUGCCUUUAGAUUUGCAGUGGACAAUUGCUAGUGAGGCAAGAGCAUAUGCAAAGGCACUGAAUGCUACCUUGUUCUUCUCUAGUGCAACCUACAACAUCAAUGUGAAUAAGAUCUUCAAGUUUGUCACAGCGAAGCUCUUCAACUUGCCAUGGAAAGUGGAGAGGAAUCUGACGGUGGGAGAACCCAUGAUUGAUUACUAGGCCUCAUCUCCACCAUCCCAUUUGGUGUCAUUGUAGAUAAACACGCCAUUUAUUUCCCUGCAGAAUAAUUUACACUGUCAACCAGUCGCUAGAUUAGUCAGUGAGACCAGUAAAUGUAGCAUGUCCAGCGAUUCGGGUUGUUUUCAUUUCGUUUUUUUUCACGAUGGAGUUUCUUUCAGGUUAGGGGCAAUAGUCUUGAACUCCAUGCUUUCAUUCUUCUUUCUUUGGUAAGGAAAACAAAAAAAAAAAGCCGGCCUCUUUGCUUUGUGGUCCUCUAAAAUUGUCUGUAAAUCGCCAUAAGUUUCUUGUUUAUUUCCUUCUCUGAAAAGAAAUUGCAGAGCUUAGUCUUUU